AAUGUCAGUCAGGCAGAAGGAACCUCCCACACUGUAUAUAUUGCCAGUGUGCAGCGAGGCAAGGCCCUGUCUGCAGCACUUUCAAUUCUUCUCAGCUGAUCUUGACUGACUAAAUCUGCAAAGAUGGUGAAUGGUAUGAUCGUAAAGAACAUGUCCUUCAAGGUCGGGCAGACCCUGACUGUUGUUGGAGUCGCCAAACCUGAUGCUACAAAUUUUGCUCUGAAUAUUGGCCCAAAUGACCAAGAGAUCACUAUGCAUAUGAACCCUCGUUUUAACGCUCACGGAGAUGAGAACGUGGUGGUCUGCAACUCUUACCAGCAAGGCCAGUGGUGUGAGGAGCACCGUGAAGGAGGCUUUCCUUUCCGCCAGGGGGAGGAAUUCAAGAUCGUCAUUGCAUUCACCCCUACAGAGUUCCUGGUGACUUUAUCAGAUGGCUCCACAAUCCACUUCCCCAACCGCAUGGGUGCAGAGAAAUACUCCGUUGUCAGCUUCGAUGGGGAUGUUCGUGUCAGAAGCUUUGAGAUCAAGUAAACUUUCAACCGCUGAGGAAUUGGUGUCAGUAGUGCCUUACAUGCUUAUCAGACAAAGUAUUAUGUAAGAAUUUUGCAUAUUGGCUCGCACAAAUGAAAGUACCCAUUUACAGAAAAGUGAAUAGAUAAGAUAGAAGCCAUAAUAGUUGACCACAUAAGUUUAGUUGACCACAUAAAAUGUGAUGAGUUGUUCUUUAAAGUGCCUUGAAAUGCUUUAUGCUCUCUUGUUUUCCCUCCCAGACAUUCCACAUUCAUAACCCAGCAUAAUGCUUGCCUUGACAAGAUUUAUUAAAGCAUGUCCUUUUACGAGAAA